CUAGACAGCCUUCACUUUACCCAGCACUUUGGAAAUCUCAGUUUGGAAAUUUGAAAUAGAUUUUUCAAUAUUGGUAAUCCGAUCAGCUGCUCCUCAUUAACAAAUUGUACAAGAUACGAAGGGAUAUUCUCAGAACUGUACAUUACUUCGCUCCGUUCUCCAUUCUUUUGGACAAUAUUCAAUAUCUCCUAGAUUCUACCGCCAUUACAUUCACAAUCCACACCAGCCACCGCUUCCGCUUUCUUUUCCUACAGAAGUCCCCCUUCACUAAGUAACCAAUGAAUGAGCACGUACUGGUCGUAUGAACAACCGGAGGUGAAUAACGUGAUCAGUACAGUGUGUUUACAUUGUGUCGCCAGAAAGCAAGAAAAAACGGUAAACUUGAAUUAGCCCAGAUUCACAACGAGACCAAGAGGAUCUCUCCAUUCAACACCUCCAAAAUGAGACUGGUGAUCCUGGAGGACUAUGACCUGGCCAGUGAAUGGGCAGCCAAAUACAUCCGCAACAGAAUCAUCCAGUUCAAGCCCAGUGCUGACAGAUACUUCACUUUAGGAUUACCCACAGGAAGCACUCCGUUUGGCUGUUACAAAAAGUUGAUCGAGUUUCACAAGAAUGGGGACCUCUCUUUCAAAUAUGUGAAGACCUUCAACAUGGAUGAGUAUGUGGGCCUGCCCCGGGCCCACCCAGAGAGCUACCACUCCUACAUGUGGAACAACUUCUUCAAGCACAUUGACAUCGAUCCAGCUAAUGCCAGUAUCCUGGAUGGCAAUAUCACUGACCUGGAAGCAGAGUGUGAGGCCUUUGAGAAGAAGAUCACCCAGGCUGGGGGAAUCGACUUGUUUGUGGGAGGUAUUGGACCAGACGGCCACAUUGCCUUCAAUGAGCCAGGCUCCAGUCUAGUCUCCAGGACCAGAGUGAAGACUUUAGCAAAGGACACCAUCGUAGCCAAUGCCCGUUUCUUUGGCAACGACCUGUCAAAGGUCCCCACCAUGGCCUUGACUGUGGGUGUGGGGACAGUCAUGGAUGCCCGAGAGGUUAUGAUUCUUAUCACUGGAGCCCACAAAGCCUUUGCCCUGUACAAAGCAAUAGAGGAGGGGGUCAACCACAUGUGGACCGUCUCAGCCUUCCAGCAGCACCCACGCACCAUCUUUGUGUGUGACGAGGACGCCACACUGGAGCUCAGAGUCAAAACAGUCAAGUACUUCAAAGGUUUGAUGCAUGUUCACAACCGACUGGUGGACCCAGUACUCAGCAUAAAGGACCAAUAAUGGAGACUAAAACCAAGUCAGAGAAUUCCAGACCUCAAAAUGGUGGAUGGACUCAGUUGUUGGUAGGCUACAACCAGCAUGACAAUGUGCCAGAGAGAUUGUUUGUCAGCACUUCAGUUGAGGGGCUGUGGUUUAAGGCUGCCAUAACAUCUAACCAAGCAUUACAGUGCAUGAGAUUUGCUCAGUUUGUUACAUUCCAUUAGGAUACUUUGAAGGCUAACUGUAAAUGCCCCCUCAGCUGAUAUGUUAAAGAUGCCAUGAAUUCUCAUAUACAACUGUUACCAAUAUAUUAUGAGGUCAGAAUCUUUGCAGUAUUAGUCUCAAACAGAUUUAUUUGCCUUCUCGACUACUCUUCUUUCUUCCUUCUGCACAAUCUAGAGACGGGAUGGAUGAAAGUAAAAUGUUUAGACCAGCUUAGAUGAAAUAAAUCCAGUUUGGGUUGUUGAGACCUGUUUAACAGGGAAACAUACAACACUAUAGUUCCUUUACACUCCAUUCCAUGUCAUUUGUAGUUUUGAAUGCUCCGUAGGUUUGUUUAUCUGACAGUCAGUUAUACUUUCCAAGUGGCCACCGCAGUGAUUUAUACUCAAUAUACUGUCUUUUGUAUCCGAAAUGUCAUUCUUGACCAUGUUGUAUGCUCUCACAAGAUUGUGUCGGCAAUCAUUUGAUGUCAAGGCAUCAUGUUAACUUUUCAAACAUCUCUAAUCAGUCAUUAAUUUACCUUUUUGUUGUUGUUUUGUAUAACAUUCUACCAGAACAAGUAUGUUUUCAUUUCAAUGUAAGUCAAUUUUUCCCAAUUACUGGGCUUACAAGUUUACUGAGUCUUUUAGAAAUGUAUUGUGCACAUAAUGUACUGUAACUCAUAAAAAUGCUUCAUACCGGC